AUUAAGUUUUAUGAUAGAAAGGAAAAAAGUAUACGUACAGAAACACACGGAAAUAUGAGAACACAUUUGUAUUUAUUAUUCUUGGUAAUAUUUCUUCUAUAUGCGGGAUACGUCCACUCCCUCGGGUGUAAAUCGCCAAGCGGGUCAGCGGUUGAUUGGUUCAUCCUUUACAAGAUUCCAACAAAUACAAAGAAGGAUAACAAAGAAGUCAGGGGAGGUGAAAAAUUUUACUGCCUAGAUGCAAAUUCUAAUCCGAAAAAGUUAAAAUUCUUUGACGCUGACAUCACAAAAGAGGCUAACAACCCAUUGAAUCACACGCUUCAACAAAUAUACAGCGGCGAAUCUACUGUUCACGCUAUAUAUAACGAUCAGCCACCUGAGUCGAAUACCUGCAAAAAUGUCAAAGAAAGUGGACACCUUAAAGGAGCAACAGCUUUCAAUAACGAGGAAGGAUUUUGGAUAAUUUCUAGCGUUCCUAGAUUUCCAAUUCCGAAAAAGUACUAUUAUGGAACUGGUCAGCUUAAAAAUGGACAGUCCGUACUUUGCAUGACAUUUGAAAGAAAAUAUCUUGACAAGAUAGUUGAGGCCUUCAGCAUAACUAAACCGUGUAUCUAUGAUGGGAAGAUUACGUUUGGGGCAUCAUCCGAAUCAAGUACAGAGCUUCUGUUUACAUCAAAAGGAGGAACAACGUUUAGAUAUUUCGGGAAAUCAAACAACUUUUUAGGAGAUUUGUAUCGAAAGCUUGUUGCAGAAAAGUUGAUGGACGAUCUAAAAGUAGAAACAUGGCGUUCGGAAGACUCAGACAGUUUUUCUUCUUCGUGUGACCAGUUCAAGAUUUGGAAUGUCAAAGAAAUUAUCUUCAAUGAUAGCUAUGAAUUCAGAUCUUCGAAAGAUCAUUCAAAAUGGGCAGUGACGGAAAAAAAAAACUGGAUAUGUAUCGGGGAUUUAAACAGAGCGGACACGCAAUGUAAGUGAGGUGGUGGAACAAUGUGCCUAGAACAUACGGAAGUUUCAGUUCAGUAUAAAAUGUUGAUUAAGUCGUUCGAAGAAUGUGACAAGAAAGGACAAAGGCCGGAUUGCUCUUUUGAUGACAACUACCCGAAAAAAGCGAGAAAAAAUUUGUCUCUACCCAAAAUUUUUGCAAAGAAUUCUACAAGUAUACUUUAAGGGAAUUAGAAACGUAAAAGUAUAAAAGAUAAAAAAAAAAUGGGAAGGAUCUUGAUUUCUGUAAUGUAAAACCGUAUAAACAGAAAUUUCAGUUAAGAAUCAAUUUUGUAUUUUUAGCGAGAUUCUCGAGUUAUUUAAAAUUGA